AUGCGGACANAANAAGGCAAUACCCAUAUUCGACGAGACUUCAGAAAGGAUGACCUUGAGUUAACGCUUGCAAUGGUGGAUGGCAUUGCACGUCUGAUGCCUUCGUUUGGUAUCGUCGUCACAAGCCCUAGUGCUGUCAUUGCAAGACUGGUAUCCGAACUGAUUCGCGGCUUUGAGAUGAAUCUGCCUAGGACAACAGCGACACAAUGGGAUAUCCUGGGUGGCGCGUUUGCGUAUGCCCUGUCUUACCAUGGCAAGCAGACCAAUGUCGCCGAAAGCCAUCUUGUGCGCACANAAGAGGCAUUCUUGUCAGGCGCAAGGAUCGGCCUUGGAGAAUUGAAUUGGCAUCUCAAUCCUCAGAAACAGGCCAGAAUGGUAAAGAAAGGAGUUUUGCUCGGUCUCGGUGUUGGUGUAGAGUCCGUCAUCGAUCCAGCACGGCUCGAGGCAACAAAGAACUUCCAGAAGGCCAUUGCGCGCUUUGCGUACAAAGGCGACCAAGCAGAGCGCAAUGAUGUGAUGAUGGAUGAGGACGACACUUUGGUUGAUGACACGAUGAACUACAACAAAGACGCACCGGAGGAUGAGGAUGAGGAUGAGAACACACUUGUUGAAGACGAUGAAGAAGCCGAGACUGACAUCGAAGAAGAACACAACAAAAUUGAGCAACCGCGCUCUCAGCGCAAACGAGUCUCCUUUCCAAGAGAAGCAACUCGUCAGUCGCCAAAGAAAGCCAAUGAGACCUUCAUCAUCUAUGAUCGCAGCGAUGACGAAGACUAUGUUGAAAGCGAUAUGGAGUACUGA